AUGCGCAUUCUGGCGGGCAAAGACACGACGUUUGAGGGGGGUAUCCCACUCACCUCCUCCCCUCCUCCCCCUCCUCCUUGCCCUCCUCCUCUCCCUCACCCCCCCCAGGUCGCCCCCAACGGCAAGGAGAUCUUAAAGAACAUCAGCCUGGGCAUGUACCUGGGCGCCAAGAUUGGGUUUCUGGGAGCCAACGGAGCGGGCAAGAGUUCUCUCAUGCGCAUUCUGGCGGGGAAAGACACGACGUUCGAGGGGGAUUAUUACAUUGAUCCGAGCAUCAAGAUUGGGUACCUGGAGCAGGAGCCGCUGCUGGAUGAUGGGGUGACUGUUAUGGAUAAUAUCGAACCUGCUCUUAAGGAGACCAAGGACCUGCUUCAGGAGUUUGAGGAGGUGAGUGUGGCGAUGGCAUCAGCGGGCGAUGCUGACAUGGACAAGCUGAUGGCUCAGAUGGAACGCCUGCAGACCCGCCUGGAUGCCUGCAACGGCUGGGAGCUGGACAGGCAGCUUCAGGUGAGUCCUCAGGUGGAAACCGCAAAGGCAGACAGCUGCAGUGGUGCUGUCACUAGCCCUCGUGGUCUGAUCCCCGUUCUCAAGCUCACUUGCACCGCUCUCCACCCAUCUCUCUGCCUCCUUUGCCUGCAGAGAGCCAUGGACGCGCUGCGCUGCCCCGCUGGUGAGGCCCCCGUGGCGAACCUGAGUGGCGGAGAGAGGAGGCGCGUGGCCCUGUGCCGCCUGCUGUUGCAGGCGCCGGACAUUCUGUUCCUGGACGAGCCCAUCAACCAUCUGGACGCGGAGACAGUGGCAUGGCUGGAUGGAUCCACUCUUGCAUCCCACCCCCCUUCUCCCCCCUCCCCACACACACUCCCCCUUACCUCUGCUCACUCUCAGGCGCCCGACAUUCUGUUCCUGGAGGAGCCCACAAACCACCUGGACGUGGAGGCGUUGGCGCCGGACAUUCUGUUCCUGGACGAGCGCACCAACCAUCUCGAUGCGGAGGCAGUGCCAUGGCUGGAUGGAAGCACUCUUUGUAAAUCGCCUCCUUCCCCCCCCCCCCCUUUCUACCACUCUCAGGCGCCGGACAUUCUGUUUCUGGACGAGCCCACGAACCAUCUCGACGCAGAGGCAGUGGCAUGGCUGGAGCGAUACUUGGCGGAGUUCAAAGGCACUGUGGUCGCCAUCACUCAUGACAGAUACUUCCUCGAUAAUGUGGCGGGGUGGAUUCUGGAGCUUGACCGCGGGCAGGGCAUUCCCUUUGAGGGCAACUACUCCGCUUGGCUCGAGAACAAGGCGCAGCGCCUGGGGGCGGAGGAGAAGCAGCAAUCGGCGCUGCAGCGGGUUAUGGAGAGGGAGAUGGAGUGGAUUCGACAGAAGGCCAAGGGGCAACAGAAGAAGGGCAAGGCGAGCCAGUAUUCUCGGAAAGAGAGGCUGGAGAGCAUGUUUCUUGCCUCUUUCACUGCUAUUACCUGCCUCCUCUCCUCACUGCAAGCAACCCCACUUUCAGUUCCCCCCUUCCCAAUCCCCCAGACCCGCGUGCAAGCAUACGAGGAGGUAGUGAUUUGGGAGGAGGUAGUGAUUUGGGAGGAGAAACUGGAGAGCAUGUUGCUGUCUUGUCCACCAUUCCCGCCUGUCCCUGAUCCCCCCUCCUCUCAUAACCACAGGCGCGCAUGCGGGCAUAUGAAGAGCUGGUCAUUCAGGCGAGCGCGCAUGCGGGCAUAUGAAGAGCUGGUCAUUCAGGCGAGUCAGUAUUCCCGAGAGGAGAGGCUGGAGAGCAUGUUCCUGCCGCCGGGGCCGCGGUUGGGAGAUGUGGUGGUGGAGGCGGAGGGGGUUGCCAAGGCGUUUGGGGAGAGGGUGCUCAUGGAUGGGGUCAACUUCACGCUGCCUCCUGGAGGUAUGGCCCGGCUGGGAGAUGUGGUGGUGGAAGGGGAGGGAGUGGCCGAGGCGUUUGGGGAGCGUGUGCUCAUGGAUGGGGUCAACUGCACCCUGCCUCCUGGAGGCACCUGCAAGUUUUACAAGCUCUCCCCAUCCCUCGCCCCCCUAAAACCCAACCCUUCCCCGACCCUUCCGCUUCCUUUUGCAGGCAUUGUGGGGGUCAUCGGUGGCAACGGCAUCGUGGGGGUGAUUGGUGGCAACGGUGCCGGCAAGUCAACUCUCUUCCGCAUGAUUGUGGGUCAGGACAGCCCCAAUGAGGGUUCCCUACGCGUGGGGGAGACGGUGGCGCCGCUCUAUGUCGACCAAUCACGCGAUGCGCUUGAUCCCAACAAGACGGUGUUUGAGGAGAUCACGGGCGGCGCAGACGAGAUCCUGCUGGGCGAGCGGAAGGUGAACAGCCGGGCGUACUGUGCGUGGUACAACUUCAAGGGGGCGGACCAGCAGAAGAAGGUGGGCGUGCUGUCGGGCGGCGAGAGGAACCGCGUGCACCUGGCGCGCAUCAUGCGGCGCGGAGGCAACCUGCUCAUGCUGGACGAACCCACCAACGACCUCGAUGUUGACACGCUCAGGGCGCUGGAGGACGCGAUUCAGGGGUUUGCUGGAUGCGUGAUUGUCAUCUCUCACGACCGGUGGUUCUUGGAUCGCAUUGCCACGCACAUCAUGGCCUUUGAAGGCAACUCCAAGGUGGUUUGGUUUGAAGGCUCGUACAGUGACUACGAGGAGGACAGGAGGAGGCGGCUUGGGAACAAAGAACCAUCACGUCUUAAGUACAGGGCGCUAGCAUGA